AUGCCGCCGAAACCAAAAGAACCUGCCAUAAAGAAAUUAGCAACUCAAGUUAUGAGACCAAGUAUCAGUGACUCCAGUCUUAACUAUACACCAUGCGAUGCCGUCGAAGGAUAUGAAGAACGCAUUGAAACAGGCAUUGAUUGGACUUUAGCAGAAGAAGCUGCUCGGCAUCACAGGGAAAAGUGCAGAAAAAAAAAUAUACCUGUGUUGCCAUUUUCUGAAGCACUAAAUAAAAAAAUACAAAAGAGCAUCUUACACGGAUGCCUCAAUGAAAACUCUACAUUAAGUCUAAAAGAAUAUUGGGAAAUAUAUCUUCCGAUGGUGAUUUGGGAUAAUGAAAAGUGCUCAAACGAAGAAGGGAAAAUUUGUUUCAACAGUAUUAAUUCUUUUACUGACGAUUUGAGGGGGCUAAUACAAAAAGCUGUCCAUCGUGACGAUAGGAAAGUACUUAAGAGGGAAUUAAAAAUGGUAAAUGUUUUGAGGGUAAACGACAGUGAGAUGACGGAGCUUGAUGAGGAAUUAAAAAAAUACAAAAAUUUGCUUACUUUGAACCUCUGCGGCAACUUUAUAUCAGAUGUAAAUGCAAACUUUCUCCCAGGAGAAUUAAAAAUGCUCGAAUUGAGGGCGAAUCGUAUUAAUUCUGUGACAUUUGCUAAACAUUUGCCCCAUAGUUUGGUUUAUCUGGGACUCAGUCGGAAUUUCCUGAGUAACGUGGAAGCACUUUCUAAGCUGCCUUAUAAUAUAUCUGUGCUGGAUUUAUCGGACAACGACAUCUGUGAUCUGGCGGCGGUACUACAUGCCUUAUCAGCGCUGCCGAAUCUUGAUGCUUUGCAACUCGCGGGGAACCCAUGCUCAGUUUCUACAGCAUACGCCCGUACAACAUUGGCUCGGCUCCCUCGGCUGCAAUGGCUGGACGGCCGAGAAGUCCUUCCUUCUGACAGACGCGAUGAUUCCUUCGAACCACACCCUGAUGACUUGCGUUCGGUUUAUUUCAAUUUCACUGUCAUCAGAAUUAUGGGUGUCCUCCAACCGCCUAAGGCAGAUAAGGGUGCUGUAACCGCCUUCCACGUCGAAAUAGAACUACCUUUGCUAGAUUCGACUAGAAGGAGGUUUCUGAUGUACCGUAAUAAUGAAUCACUGAUAGAAAUAAUGCCUCCACCAGAAGACGACGAUUGGUCUUCGCCGAAGUUGUCAUCCUUCGGUAAUAGCAAAAUGGUUGUAGAUCCCGAAGUGUCUUCUAACGAAUCUGACAUCUACAAUAAUCUGCAACCGAAGAACUCUCGCGAGAUUGUACACUUCACUAUAUUUGAGAGCAACAGAGUACAGUGGAACAAAAUAAUAAAUUUCCAAGAGCCUGCAGUUAGAAUAUUCUGUCCGAACCUCAUCGCUUUGAGGGAUACCUUCCGCUCCGUUAUUACUAUAAGAUUUGUGUACACCAUGACUACAAUUACCAAACAAAAGACGGGCAAAAGUGCCCAGUCUCUGAAACCUCCGGGAGAGCAGAGGGUCAUUCUUGCCACCAUCAAGUGCGCUCUCAAGACUCCAGACUGGAGUCAACCUUUGCAGUACUUCCACUGGGACGAUACGUUGAACACCGACGAAGCUAUUCACUGGGGUGACGGUGAUCUUUCUGUAUUGCAAUAUACGCAGCAAUUAGUAAAGACGCCCAAGGGUAAAGCGGAGGAGCCAGGAUCGGUAAAACAGUCGACACCAGAAAACUUGACAUGCCAUUUUGGAUUUGGAAUAGAAACUUUAAAAUAACCAAUCAUUUCAAUCGACAU